AGAUGCUUGUGAGACCCCUCACUUUCUCUUUCAUGCUCCUUUUUCUUUUUUCUUUUUUCAAACAAGAUGAUAACAACCCAGCAUUCUGUACAGGCUGUAGAAUAAAGAAAACUCAAGUCAAGAUACAUGGCUCUCGUCUAUCUGGAGAAACAGCAAGUGAGGUGUACGCAGCCAUGAAGGAUAAGAACAUCGUUGUAAUCCAUGUGGCCAAAGCUCGACCACCAAAAUUUUGCUUUUGCACACUUUAAGAGUCACGACGACGCCUCGGCGUUUUUACCAGAUACAAGGAGCCUGGCUUUGAGCUCUUCCAUGAGCAUGUUAACGUGCAACCCACUCAAACCGAUGGCGUCGAAGUGACUUACAGUCAGCAAGCGAUUGAGAACUUCGCAGUACGAACGGACCAGUCGUCGUCGACGCUUCCCUCGGCUGCCGUCACCAGUCCAACUACUGCUGCCACUGCCACACCGCCAUAUCCUUGGAAAAAGGUAAAGAGUUGAUGAUAGGGAAGGGAAGAUUUCCCUGGUGUUAGAUCAUAAGUUGUUCAUUUGAUGAUUUAUAGGCUUUUACAAAAGCUUCUUACCUUGAUGGUAGGAUGGAAGAAGACAUUGACAGACUCGAGCGUCAGAAGGCAAACGUUCUUGGUGAUAUCAGGACAAUGGAAGAAAAAUUAGAACUCGCCCGUAGAUUAAUGGAAUAAAC